GCUAUACUGUUGAGCUGCUGAUGGAUCAUCUUUUGUACUCAGAUUCUCUCUCUCUCUCUCUCUGAGCAUCUUCCUCGGCUUCAUCAAUGGCUUGGGACGAAAGUUCUUACAUGUGAGAGAGCAGAAAGGCUAAAGAUUUUCAAACCCUUUUUGAAAAUCUAGCUGAUGGGUUCUCAGAUUUAGAGUGACUGAAACAACCGCAACCUGAUUUUUUCUUCUUCUUCUUCUUCUUCUACGAUCAUCUCGGUCGGGUUUCUGCAUCAAUUUUCCGUCUUUAAAACAAUCGGCAGCCUCUGCGUUUUCAUUUCAGGGGAAGCUGGUUUUCUCUUCCGGUUGUUGUGGAAAUAAGGUUGUUCUGUUGAUUUGAAGCUGGUCUGGUAUAUUUUCCUGAAUCAGUGUCCGUUUUCUGGGGAAAUUUUUUCAUGGGUUGCUCGAGGUGAUUGAAAAGUUGGUGUCUUUAGAUUUGGGGAGGCGUUGAUUUUCGAGAUUUGUGGGCAACUAGAUUAGGGUUUUCAGAUUGGGGAAUCGAAUUUCGUUAGAGAUUUGUUGAUAACGACGAAAAGAGUAGGGGGUUGUUAUGGAGGAGGAGAAUGGUUCAACGAGACCAGUGAUGGAGAAGCAACAGAGUUUCCGCGGUGUAACCCAAGAGGAUCAGCAGAGCAAAGGAAAAUCCAUGGCGAAACAACAGAGUUUCAGAGGUGUGGCUGCAGAGAAUCAGCCAAGUAAAGGGAGAGCCUUAAAGAAGCAGCUGAGUUUCGCCAGCGUGAACGUGGAGAUUCAGCCAAGCAAGGGAAGAUCACUGGAGAGACAACAGAGCUUUCUGGGUGUAACAAUGGAUAAUAACCAGAAUCAGCCGAGCAAGCGUGGAGUUAUGGAGAAACUCCCGAGUUUCGGCAGGGCAAUGUUCAUGGAGAGGCAGAAAAGCUUCCGUACAGCCAUGGAGAGACAGCUGAGUUUCAUUGGUGGUGGCGGUGAGAGGAAGAAGAAGAACGAGUCACCCGGUAAAAGAGGAGACUCACCACUUCAUACCGCAGCUCGGACAGGGAACUUGAGCAAAGUUAACGAGAUUUUCCGGAGCUGUGACAGCAGAGAAGAACUGAAAGAGUUAAUGUCGAAGCAGAAUCUAGAGGGGGAGACUCCUCUCUAUGCAGCAGCGGAAAACGGGUUUUCGGUUGUGGUUGAGGAGAUGCUGAAGCAUAUAGAUCUUGACACAGCUUCGAUUCCCGCAAGAAAUGGGUUUGAUCCUUUCCAUGUCGCGGCUAAGCAUGGCCAUCUCGAGGUGUUGAAGAAACUGUUGGAGACAUUUCCAAACUUGGCAAUGACGACGGAUUUAUCGUGCACGACUGCCUUGCACACGGCUGCAACACAAGGCCACAUCGAUAUCGUGAAUCUUCUUCUCGAUACGGACUCUAACUUGGCAAAGAUAGCUAAGAACAAUGGUAAAACGGCGCUUCAUUCUGCGGCUCGGAUGGGGCAUUUGGAAGUGGUUAAGUCUUUGGUAAGUAAGGAUCCGACCACGGGUUUUAGAACCGAUAAAAAGGGGCAAACACCUCUUCACAUGGCUGUUAAAGGUCAAAACGAAGAUAUCGUUCUCGAGUUGGUGAAACCCGAUCCCGCUGUCUUGAUCUUGGAGGAUAAUAAGGGCAAUACACCGUUGCAUAUCGCCACAAACAAGGGCCGUACUAAGAUAGUUCGAUGUCUGGUUUCGUUCGAUAGCAUCAGCCUCAAUGCUAUAAACAAGGCUGGAGAGACGGUUCUCGAUAUCGCUGAAAGGAUCGGAAACCCGGAACUGGUGUCGGUUCUGAAGGAAGCAGGAGCUGCGACGGCGAAAGAUCUCGGGAGGCCACAGAACCCGGCUAAGCAACUUAAGCAGACGGUCAGCGACAUAAAGCACGAGGUCAAGUCUCAGCUCCAGCAGUCUCAGCAGACGGGCGUCAGGGUUCAGAAGAUCGCCAAGAGACUGAAGAAGCUUCAUAUCAGCGGUCUGAACAACGCCAUAAACUCAGCAACCGUCGUGGCUGUCCUGAUCGCGACGGUUGCAUUCGCUGCCAUAUUCACCAUUCCCGGGCAAUAUGAGGAGGACCCGUCGAAAGGGCCGUUGUUAGGACAAGCUCAUAUAGCAGACAAAGCCCCGUUCCUCGUAUUCUUCGUCUUUGACAGCCUGGCGCUGUUCAUCUCGUUGGCUGUCGUUGUGGUGCAGACUUCGGUCGUGGUGAUCGAACAGAAGGCUAAGAAGAGGCUUGUGUUCGUGAUCAACAAACUCAUGUGGUUGGCUUGUUUGUUCAUAUCCAUCGCUUUCGUCUCUCUCACGUAUAUCGUGGUGGGCAAGGACGAGAUGUGGCUGGCCGUCUGUGCCACAGUGAUCGGUGGCACGAUCAUGCUGACGACGAUUGGUGCCAUGUGUUAUUGCGUGGUCAUGCACCGGAUGGAGGAGUCUAAGCUCAGGAGCAUUAGGAAAGAGAGGAGCAAGUCACGUUCCUUCUCUGUGUCUCGCAUGGCUUCCGAUUCAGAGAUUCUGAACGGAGAAUACAACAAGAGAAUGUAUGCUCUCUGAGACAAAGGAUGAGUCAUGGUGAUGAUGUUUUGUAUAUCGUAUAUGGCCGACAACAUUAUGUUAAGAGCUACCGUAUAAAUGUAAUCUUGUACUUCUAAAAACCGAUGUGAUUCGAUGUUCUCAGAAGCGUCAAGACAAGAGUGAUUUCAGUGUAAUAAACAGUACUAGGAAAGGAACAGAAAAAUCAGAUGUAUUCAAAUGUAGAACAGUCUGAACAAAAAUC